UCAGUCGGUACUCAGUAAGAGACGACGCGGCGGUCGGUGCGGGCGCGCCAGUGUCCAGUGUUUGCGAGUUGUGGAGUCGAGUGUACUUACACAUCAUCAUGUAACUGAAUUGCAGUGUGCCCUUUCCCGAACGUCUCUUCCCUUUCAUACAAAGGCUGUGCCGUACAAAACUUUGUUGUUAUUACUUUCUAAAUGCGUAUUUAAUUUUCCGCGUGUGUCGUAUCCAACUCGCGCCAACAAACGUGUGUGUGUAUAAAUAAAUAUUAAUUUAAUAGCUUCCUUUUUUUGCUAUUAAAAGCAAAAGUUACAGAUAUGACUAUAUCUUACGCUGGUGAGGUUCCGAAUGGCAGCAGUUUCGGUUGUUUUUGGAGGAUACUUUGCAAAUGGCGAGGCAGCGUGUACAAGUUGGUCUGGCGCGAGCUGCUGGCAUACCUCACUCUCUACUACACUAUCAACUUCAUCUAUCGGUUCGCACUCAACGAACAUCAGCAGAGGAUAUUCGAAAGAGUGCGGCAGUACUUCGGUGCGCAGAGCGAGUCCAUCCCGAUGUCUUUCGUGCUGGGCUUCUACGUCAGCCUCGUGGUGAAGCGCUGGUGGGAGCAGUACAAGCUGCUGCCGUGGCCCGACACGCUUGCGCUCUUCAUCAGCGCGGGCAUCCCAGGCGCGGACGAGACAGGGCGGCUUAUGCGGCGAAACAUCGUGCGCUACGCCAUUUUAGCUUACGUGAUCACUUUGCAGCGAGUGUCGCUCCGGGUUAAACGACGCUUCCCAUCGUGGCAGCAUGUCGUAGACUCUGGUCUAAUGCUGGAGUCCGAGAGGAAGGUGUUCGAGAAAAUGGACGGAAAGAGCCCCAUGUCGAAAUACUGGAUGCCGCUGGUGUGGGCCACCAACAUCAUCAACCGCGCGAGGAAGGAGGGCCUCAUCACCAGCGACCACAUAGUGCAGACGCUACUGGUCGAGCUGUCAGACAUCAGGCGGCGGCUCGGCGCGCUCAUAGGAUACGACACCGUGUGUGUGCCACUCGUCUAUACGCAGGUGGUGACAUUAUCACUAUAUACGUACUUCGUGGCGGCGCUGAUGGGGCGGCAACUGGUGCCGCCGGCGCCGGGCAGCACUUCGAAGUACGAGCCCGACGUAUACUUCCCGUUGUUCACCGCACUGCAGUUCUGCUUCUACGUGGGCUGGCUGAAGGUGGCUGAGGUGCUGAUCAACCCUUUCGGGGAAGACGAUGACGACAUCGAGCUCAACUGGCUUAUAGACCGGCACAUCAAGGCGGCGUACAUGAUAGUGGACGAAAUGCACGAGGAACACCCUGAGCUGCUGAAGGACCAAUACUGGGAGGAGGUGGUGCCCAAGGACCUGCCCUACACCGUCGCAUCAGAGCACUAUCGGCGACACGAGCCCUCCUGCUCGGCUGACCACUACAAGGUCAAGACCGAAGACGCCGUGUACGCCAACGUGCAAGCUCCGAGGAAGAGUCACGACGAAACUUACGCCGAUUAUGAAAGUGUGGAUACGCCUUUGGUAGAGCGUCGUAAGAACUGGUUCCAGCGACAGAUAUCGAGAAUGGGUUCGGUGAGGUCUGCGUCGACUGCUUAUUCUUCUGGAGGCUUCUUCGGGCGCAACCGGCUCAACUCCGUGGUGUACUCCAGCCCGGAGGCGGGCCAACCCAUCUCGCCUCCGAACUCUCACCACAAGAUGUCGCUCUACGAGAGAUUAGUCGGGCGGAAGUCUGGACGAGGACAACAUCGACAGAACUCUAAGCACGGUCAAAAAAGCAACGGGUCCGUUGUACCGACGCCGACGCGCAACCGGCCACGCAUCCCCACGCCGGAGUCCAAGGAAGUGGCGGAGCGGGACGGUCGCCUAGCCAUGGGCAUGCAAAGCAUGGGCGUGUUCAUGGCGCAGCAGGGUUAUCAAAGCGAGGUGCCCGUGCUCGGCGCCAUCGUGCUGUCGCCCAUCGAGGAGACGGACGGCGGCUCCGUCAACACCACGCUGCACGCCGGCCAGCCGGGCACCACGGCGCUGGCGCAGGCCGUCCUGGCGCCGGCCCUGGCUCAAGGCGGGAGUCUGUCGCUGCCAGGCGGCAUGGUGUCGCCGGUGACGCUGCCGGUGUCACAGAUCACGUUGCUGCGCAGCUCAGCGCCGUCCAGCCCGCGGUCGCAGGCAGCGCGCGCCACCGUCACAGAGCUCUCCGACAGAGACAGCGAGGCCAGCGGCCCGGGCACGCCCCCGGAGAGGACGAGAGCCUCCAGCUACAAGCGAGGAGAGGUCUACGUGUGAGACGACCUACGGAGCUUAUAGGUGAAGAGUCAGCGACAGCCAGACAUUUAGCAUUUUAUAAAAGCUCAAGUCAAAAUUUUAUGGAGCCCAGGUUCAGUCAUUGUACCCUGGCGGAAAUAAAAGAAUUUUUUUUUUGUACUAUUUUUCAUUCAUCUAUGAAUUUACUUUAAUUCUUUCGAAAUAAUAUUCAUUAUCUCCCAAGAAAUGCAACACUAAUAUGAGUAAUAAUGGCGGAUUGAUGACGUUUUCAAUGCAGUAGUCAAUUUGACGUUUGCUGUCAAUUGUCAUGUCAUAGUUGCUUUAAGGGUGCCAUCUUGAUAUAACUCGAAAACUUAGGUUUUAAUUUUAUUUAUUUCUUUCUUUCACUAUAAUAAAUUUUAAUAAAAUCCUUGUAUUUUUAAAUUUUAAUGAUACGGUGUACAAAGAGUGGACCUGAAAUUACCAUCUCCUUAGCCAGCACCUACCAUAGGUAACUACAGUAGCCAAUUAUGGAGUCUGGACCGUGGUUACUUUUGACAUCAAGCCAAGUGUACAGGAAAUAUUAUACCGAAGAAAAUAAAAAAAAUACAUUUUAUGCUUGUAAAGUUGAGGGUCUGGAUCCUUGUAACCUCCUAAAGUAACCACAGCCUAAACUCUAUAAUUGGCUACCAUACUUACCUGUACUUACAGCUUUUAUAAUAUGACGAAUGUCUAGUCGUCACUGGCUCUUAGUCUAUUAGCUUAGCUCAUGUCCACGUCUCGCGAAAGCGACCACUGAACGAUAGUUGUAUAACUUGGCUGUGGCUUUCGAGUUCGACUCUAUCUCUUUCUUUCUAUAGUAUCCUGUUGACAUAA